AUGACCUUGCAGGUCUCCGGCUUGAGCAGCCAACAACCAUUACCCAUCAACAUGAGUGAAUCAAAAACGAUCUUUGGAGGUGAGAAAGGCUGGGACGCUAGUGACUGGACAUCCAGCGAUGACAGAGUGCGAGGCGGAAAGUCGCAGUCCUAUCUCGACGUGAAAGGUUCGACUGCUUGCUUCCAUGGCAAUCUCGAUAUCAAGACCUUGGGUGGAGCUGGUUUCGCCAGUCAGCGCACAACUGGCGACGACCGCGCGUGGGACCUCUCCGCCUACGAUGGAAUUUAUCUAGACGUUGGUAAGGAUGAUGGCAAACGCUACACCUUUGUCUUAAAGGAUGAGAUACUGCCGCUCAUGAGCGACGGACGCGAACAGUCUACCAUCAGCUACGAGUAUGACUUCAGCGCAGCUGGCAACUACUCGGUCUUCAUCCCUUGGAGUGAGCUGAAGCCGACGUACCGCGGCAAAGAGAAGAGUGAUGCCCCACCGCUAGACACCAAGAGCAUCAAGAGAUGGAGCUUCAUGAUGAGAAGUUUCUUUGGUAGCCAAGAGGGUGACUUUUCAGUCGAGAUCAAAUCAGUAAAAGCUGUUUCGCGAUCAGAGGACCUCGAAGCAGGACUUUCAGAUGAGAAAAGCGAUUACAAUGCAGUGGGUAAGAAGGAACCUUGGUCUUGGAAAAAUUCAAGAAUCGUCGGGCUCGCACUUAUCUUCUCGACCACAUGGGCCAUCUGUACGGGAGUGUGCUGGUAUAAGGGCCUUGAUAUGAGUAUGAUGACACCCAGGAAUUGGUGGAGGAUGGCGAAGUACGACCGGCUACCAUGA